UGCGGGCGGCGGCGGUCGGCUCGGGAGCACGAUGUGCAUGCUGGCCGCGUUCACGCUGGCGGCCUGCUGGCAAGCGGCUCGCUCCGCUCCGCCCGAGGCGCGUCUCGCUCCGCGCAACUCUACACCCGCGCGCACGCUGCGUUGCAGCGACGGACUCGUUCUUCCCGCCUGGAAGCCCCUCGAAGACGUUCCGACCCUCGACAUUGCCUUCCGUGGCCUCGUAUACUUUUUCGCACUCUUAUAUCUGUUCAUAGGCGUCUCUAUAGUAUCGGACCGGUUCAUGGCGGCCAUCGAAGUGAUAACGUCGAGAGAAAAGGAGGUGCGGGUUCGACGAAACGGCAGUGAGCAAAUAAUCGUGGUGCGAGUGUGGAACGAGACCGUCGCCAACCUGACGCUGAUGGCGCUGGGCUCGAGUGCGCCCGAGAUUCUCCUGUCGGUGAUAGAGAUUGCCGGCAAGGACUUCCAAGCCGGUGACCUGGGCCCCGGUACUAUCGUCGGUUCGGCAGCGUACAACCUUUUCGUCAUCAUCGCCAUCUGUGUGGCGGUCAUACCCGAUGGUGAGGUGCGGAAGAUAAAGCAUCUAAGAGUGUUUCUAGUUACCGCGACCUGGUCGGUCUUCGCUUACGUAUGGCUCUAUCUCAUCCUUGCAGUAAUUUCACCUAGUGAGGUGGAAGUAUGGGAGGGCGCCGUGACCUUCCUAUUCUUUCCCGCCACGGUAAUGACUGCUUAUAUUGCGGAUAGACGUUUGUUAGUAUAUAAGUAUCUCAAGAAAGGUUAUAGGGUUAAUGAAAGAGGUGUAAUCGUAGAAGCAGAAGGGGACGGAUCCGUGGAGAUGGCUUUAAAACCAGGAGACGAGUUUGCGACAGACGACGAGGAAGGUCGCGAAUUAGAGAAGUCUAGAAGAGAAUACAUUUCGGUUCUUCGCGAAUUGAGGAGACAACAUCCUCAAGAAGAUUUAGAAACAGUGGAAAGGAUGGCUUUGGAGACAUUGAUGUCUCGAGGUCCCAAAUCAAGAGCUUUUUAUCGGGUGGCCGCGACUCGUAAGAUGACCGGCGGCGGAGACUUUUCCCGCAAAAUCUCAGAAAGAGCUCAAAGCGAUCUCAGCGAAGUAAAAGCUGAAAUACAACGGCGCGAAUCGGAAUCUUUGUCUCCGGAACCCAAAGGUCCCACCGUUCGGUUCGAUCCCAAUCACUACACGGUGAUGGAAAAUUGUGGUUCGUUUGAAGUGAGAGUGAUCCGCAGGGGCGACUUGAGCGGCGAGGUGACCGUCGAGUACUCCACUGAGGACGGCACGGCGGAAGCAGGCUCUGACUACGUAGCCACGCGCGGCCGACUCGCCUUCGCGCACGGGGAGGCCGAGAAAAAAUUCAGCGUCGAAGUGAUCGACGACGAUGUGUUCGAGGAGGAUGAACAUUUCUAUCUGCGCUUGAGCUCCCCGCAAGGAGCUGCGCUGGCAUCGCCCUCCACCGCUACCGUGGUAAUUCUGGACGACGACCACUCCGGCGUAUUCGCCUUCCCUCAGAGGGACUUCGAGCUGACCGAGUCCGUGGGCACGUUCGAGCUGCGCGUGGUGCGUACGGCGGGCGCCCGGGGCCAGGUGAAGGUGCCCUACUGGACGGAGGACGGCACCGCGAAGGCCGGCGCGCAGUACGAGGAGGUGCAGGGCUUCGUAGUCUUCGAAAACAACGAAACAGAAAAGUUCAUUCCUCUGCGGAUCAUAGAAGAGGACAGCUACGAGAAGGACGUGCUGUUUUAUGUGAACCUGGGAGAGCCGGAGCUAGUGGACGCCGAGCACCUGGUAGCGCUGCCGGACCAGGAGGCGGCGGUGGCAAUACGAGGUCUGCCGCGCGCCGGUGACCUCACGCGCGCACAGCUCAGGGUCAAAGAGAGCAAGGAGUUUAAGAGCACGGUGGACAAGCUGGUGCAGCGAGCGAACGCUUCCAUCAUAAUCGGGACGUCGUCGUGGAAGGAGCAGUUUGCAGAAGCGUUGACGGCCAGCUCAGGUUCCGACGAGCCCGAGACGCCUCCCUCGUGGUCGGAUUACGUGCUCCACGUGAUCACUUUAUUCUGGAAAAUCAUUUUCGCAUUCGUACCCCCCACCGACAUCGGGGGUGGGUACUUGUGCUUCGUGGUGUCGAUCGUAUGCAUCGGGCUGGUGACGGCCGUCAUCGGCGACGUGGCCGCACACUUUGGCUGCACGCUCGGCAUCAAGGACUCCGUCACCGCCAUCGUCUUUGUCGCGCUCGGCACCAGCAUACCUGACACGUUCGCGAGCAAGGUGGCGGCGAUACAGGACCGGACAGCGGACGCGUCCGUAGGCAACGUGACGGGCUCCAACGCGGUCAACGUGUUCCUCGGCAUUGGCGUGGCGUGGACCGUGGCCGCUGCGGUGCAUCGCGCGCGCGGCGAGCCCUUCCAUGUCGACCCCGGCAACCUGGCGUUCAGCGUGACGUUGUUCUGCUCGGAGGCGGCGCUGGUGGUACUGGUGCUGCUGCUGCGGCGGCGGCGCUCAGUGGGCGGGGAGCUGGGCGGCCCGCGAGCUCUCAAGCUGCUCACCUCCGGCUUCUUCUUCUCGCUGUGGCUGCUCUAUCUGCUCAUGUCCGGCCUCGAGGCGUACGAUGUCAUUAAAGGAUUUUAGACUCCACAAAUAUCGGCCUCUAACUGAAUUGUGUUCAUCUGCAAAUGAACUAUUGUAAAGUGAAAGUACCGUUGUGUUCUAUUAAAGUUUAUAUUUUCACAUUAGUGCUAUAGUAGUUAUAUAUAAUUUAAACGAUAAAGAUCUAAAAGGUGUCGGAAAAGUGUCGUGCUCAAAUGUACAGCUUUAGAACUGUUGUCGUGUUUUCCUCUUCCUCUAGUCGUUUCACUUUCAUAGUUCCAUUAAAGAUUAGCCUUAAAGGCUGUGGUUUCGAAGGUCUAAUUAUAAAAUGUAAGGAAAUUAUAAUUACGAAUAAGUAAUAGAUAAACAACGUAAGAAUAGAAGUCAUUAUAUGUAUAUUUAAAUUUGUUUGCGGUCCAUCGAAGAGAUAUCGUAAUGUAGAAGAAGCCAACAUUUUGUAAAAGUUUUUACGAUAUAUUGUAGAAGUAGCGCGGUGUGGGUGUAGAUGUAGGGACGCGCCGGAGACUUCAUUGUACCUGCCUGUGAUCGGCAGUUGUUUAUGUCCUUGCUGCUAAAUAUAAGCUGAGUAUGUGUUCAUACGAGUGUCGUCUAAUCUAAGUAUUAAGUCAUAUAAAAAGAUUUAUGAAUCCUUCUUACUGCACUGGAAUUCUUUCAUAUCAUGCACUUUUUCUGAGACUUCUAGUAACUAAUGACUUUAUUAAACAAAGUACAUAAGUAUAGCUUACUGAUACGCCUGGAGCAGCCGGCAGCGAAUCUGGAUGACUGGCGGAAGGCGAGGCUGAACUUUCUAAUUCAAUUUCAUAAAACGCGGCUGCCGGCGACGAUUAACUAUGUCGCUGGAUGUAUGUUUUUCAACAACAAUUUUAGCUUUGCCAUAUUCUUAGAUUUUAUUUUCGUCUAAUAUUAUAGUAUACAAAAUUAAUUAUGUUUAUGAAAAUAUUAAUGGUAUCUAAUCUAGAGUGCGCUGCGAAACAAACAUUUAAAAUAAAAUUAUAUAAAUAUUACUAUCAGGUGAACGUACUUAUUGACGUUCUAAUGAUGGUGUUGACGAACACGAGAACAGUGCCAGUGUGCCAAGAGAGAAAAUUACUGCUUGCUUGGAAGUGUAACUUGACAUAUUUACUCUCGUAUUUGCGGUACUGUCUUGAUACCGGCUGUUACUGUUGAUUGCCUGUCUGUUCUGCCGGUCUGUUACUGGUGCAUAUCGUGCUGGAUGAUACUAUGAAAUAUAUUCGUAAUAUAAAAGUUGAAGUGUGAAUUGCGAGGGCGCGAUAGCGACCCUGUCACUGCCAGGUCGCAUCUUUACAUUUUUUUUUUACACUAAACUCAGUAAAACGAAUUUUGCAGCUAAAAAGUUUCUGAUGAAUUAUUCACUUUUAUAUAUAAAUAUUUGAUCAGACUAACACUUUAUAUAUAUUAUGAUAUAAU